GCUAGUUCCAAGUAACAGCGCUGGUCUGAGUCAGGAGAAUAGGAGCUAGGAGGGAGGAGGGCUGUCUCCGUUCAGUCAAAGAAGAGAUCCAUGGGUGCUUAACGAGGAAGAGACGAGGAAGAAUAACCAAGCAGAGCCUCCAGUGCUGAAGAUGCUCUAGAUAUCCAUCCUCGCAGUCUGUCUGCUUGACAAACGAUUUCUUGGUUGUCAGCAGCCCUUUCUUCCUAAGAAAGCAUCAACUGACGCAUGCUCACCUAAGAGGACUGAGAGGGGAGUUUACACAGCAUAAAGAAAGAAGGUAGACACAAAGUCAGAAGAUGGAAAAAGCUGCGCAAGACAUCAGCGAGAUGACCAGCCAAGAGGUUCUCUGUGACCCCACUGAACAGAAGAGCAGAAAGCGCCUCUCCACUCUCAAAUUGUUCAUUGUGGCGCUUUCCUUCGCCUACUUCUCCAAGGCCCUGGCAGGCAUCUACAUGAAGAGCUCCAUCACUCAGAUUGAGAGACGCUUCGACCUCUCAAGCUCACACGUCGGCCUUAUAGAUGGCAGUUUUGAGAUGGGUAACUUGCUGUUUCUCGCUGUGGUCAGCCAUUUUGGGGCUCAACUCCAUCGACCCAGACUCAUCGCUGCUGGGUGUUUACUUAUGGCUCUCGGGGCCCUGCUCACCGGUGUGACACAUUUCUUCAUGGGACUCUAUAAGUAUGACACCGUUAUUCAAGUUUUCCAGAACAAUAGUGUGAAUAUUCCAGCAUGUGUGGAUCCUGUGAAAACGGUCGACAUGCCAGAAAUUCAAAUUGAGCCUUCUGUGGGAGACAACAAAGCCUGUGUGAGAGAGUCCGGCUCCAACAUGUGGAUCUAUGUGUUCCUUGGGAAUGCUUUGCGGGGGAUUGGAGAAACUCCCGUCACACCUCUGGGCAUCUCGUACAUCGACGACUUUGCUAAAGCGGAAAAUUCCCCUUUUUACAUUGCCUGUCUUCAGACGAUUACCCUCCUGGGUCCCAUGUUUGGAUUUUUGCUGGGUUCAUAUUGUGCUAAACUUUAUGUUGACGUUGGAUAUGUUGAUAUGGAAAGUGUGACCAUCACUCCAAAUGAUUCCCGUUGGGUGGGUGCCUGGUGGAUGGGCUUCUUGGUAUCCUCUUCUCUGCUGCUCAUCUCCAGUAUUCCUUUCUGGUUCCUCCCACGCUCGCUGCCCAAACAAGGGAGUGAACAGGACAAAUCAUCUCCCACCUCCCUAACCCUGGAUGGGACAGAGAGUGCGCAGGGCAGCAACCCAAACAUCAAGCUGACUGAAAUCACAAAAGGGUUCCUUCCGUCACUGAAACGUCUCUUGGGGACCCCUGCUUACUUCCUGCUUCUUUGUGGGAGUAUUCUCAAGUUUAACUCCUUUAUAGGCCUGUUGACUUUCAAAGCUAAAUACAUGGAGCAGCAGUUUGGACAAUCAGCAUCCAGAGCCAACUUCCUAAUAGGAGUGCUGAACCUACCUGCAGUAGCUGUAGGGAUCUUUUUGGGGGGGCUCCUGAUGAGGAGGUACAAACUGAGUGUGGUGUCAGGAGCCCAGCUUUCUUUUGCCACCUCUUUCAUGGGGUACCUCCUCUUACUACUGCAGUUUAGCACCAAGUGUGACAACAGGCCUUUGGCUGGACUCACUGUAUCGUACAAUGGGACACAGAGUGUAUCAUACAACGGGGAGAUGCUCUUCUCAGACUGUAACAGAGACUGCUCUUGCUCGCCAGACGAGUGGGACCCCGUUUGUUCGGACAGCGGGAUCACCUAUGUCUCGCCAUGCAUGGCAGGCUGCCUCAGCUCAAGCGGAGCCGGCAAGAACACAGUUUUUCACAACUGCAGCUGUGCAUCCACUUCCUUUCCGCCUGGCAGCUCUAUGUCAGUGAGGCUGGGUCAGUGCCCUCAUGCUAAAGACUGCAGCCGCAGCUUCACUUCCUACAUGGGUGUUUCUGUUCUUAGCUCCUUCAUCAACUCUCUGGGAGCCACACCUGGCUACAUGGUCAUUAUACGGUGUAUCACACCAGAUCUCAAAUCCCUUGCAUUGGGUAUUCAUACUUUGGUAACCAGGACUCUUGGUGGAAUCCCAGCACCAGUGUAUUUUGGAGCUAUGAUUGACUCUACUUGCCUGAAGUGGUCUAUCAAGAAGUGUGGCGGCAGGGGGGCGUGUCGCAUUUACGACUCAAACAUGUACAGAAUUAUUUUCCUUGGUCUGAUUACUUGCCUCAGUGGUACCUCCUAUUUCUUCAUCAUUGCUGUCAUCAUCCUGCUAAAGCGACAGUUUUGGAGACCAGACCGGGAGACAGAGCUGCAACAACCCAAGGCUUCAAAAGGAAGGAAAAUUAUGGCUCAAUCAGACCCCCCAGAAGAGAAGGGUGUUAGUUCCAGAAGUCCCAAACUGUCUUCUGACACAAAGGAAUGUAUUGAUGUUGGGAAAGACUUGGAGGGAUGAGGGGAAACAAUCAAAACAGAGCAAAUAAUAGUCUAUUUUUCAUAAACAAUAUAUCAUAGGAACCUGACAGAGACCCCAGGUGAGUUCACUCCUCAUUUUUCUUUCUCAUAGAUGACAGUUAAGGCAAAGGUGUGUGCAGAUGAUGAGAAAAGAGGUUUGGGACCACCUUAUAGACAGAACGUUAUCAAAUGAACUGCUGGUCCAUAAAGAUGUGCAAUAAAGCAGGGAGUAAUUCAAGUUACACAUUUCUUACAGAUGUUUGUUUUGGAUCAUACAUGGGCACUUAGCAUGCUAAGUCUGUUUACCUACUUCAUUAGUUUACAUGUAAUACAGUUGUAUCUUACUACUUACUUCUGAGGACCUCAGUCAUGCAGGGCAGGCAGGUUGACCAGCAAUUCAAUAUACCUGUUUAUGACCUGUUUGUACGUAAGAUAGCGCUGCAUCCCUACAAUGUUGCUUGUGAAAUGACUGUUAAAUCAACCUCUCGGUCAAAAUGUUAUGACAAUAAAUGAAUGCUUUAAUAA